CCAACAGGUGAGGGGCGGAGGUGUUCAAAUUGACUUCUUCACCUCACUAACUAAUUUAAUGAGAAAAAUGGAUAACAUAAGCGACUGUACGAAGACUAAGUCCGUGUUAAAUGUUCUUGGGCCUAUCGCUAACCAGGUGGUGGAGCUGAGGGGUCGCCAAGGUGUUGUCUGUGAUGCUACAACAGUGAUCAAGUUACUGAAACAGUGCCAGGCUUUAGACACAUCGUGUGUCCUGCUGGUGUCCCGCCUGGCAUCGCACGCUCUCUCCCACAAGGAUGAUGUGCUCUCGUCAGAGGCCAAGAGGAUCAAAGGCCAGCUAAAUAAGGUGACAGACUCGCUCACUGAUGCCACAAGAGAUCUUCAUCAUGGUGAUGUAGGUGUGAGGGACAAUGAUGAGGUGUGGGCAGGAAUCGUAGAGGAUACAGAGCAGCUGUUGUCCACCUUGACGGAGGCUCUGCUGGCAUGGGACCGUGCCCAGCUGCGUAGAGUGACACAAGCGCUCACACACCUGCAACAGUGUCUGUGUCGCCUGGAGCAGACUCACACUGUUCACCAUCUUCCCAAUGAGUUUCAGGUUGUAGUAUGUGCAAGUGUGGAUUUAUUAAACUUGCUGGAAGUACGGUGUGAGGAUCUGUACCGACGAGCACAGCGGGAGACAGUGAGGCUGUUAGCACUGCAGCUGUGUCACACUCUUCCUCUACUUGCCUCUACAUGUGCUGCUACUGUCACUUAUCCUCUCAGCAAACACAUUAGGGGAAGUCGUGAAUUGGUGUCAAUUCGGUUGCAGACUCUGCUGACUGACCUUCACUCCCACGUAGGUCUUGGUGAUGCUGAGUAUGACCUGGGUGAAGCUGGAUCCUUCAUUACUUGUGUUGACAACAUACUUGAACUACUGUUAGAAGCCCAAGAUAAGAGUAACUCACCAACAAGUAGGAGCGCAGGACCCCAUAGUUUGCAUGUGAAGCCCCAGUUGGAGGAAGUACUCAGACAUGGUAUAGCUGUGGCUUACUGUAGCUCACCUGAUGACAACCAUAUCAUUAUGGCCAUGUGUGAGAAUGCUCUAAAACAGUUGAAAAUCUUGGUGACCCUGGAGCGAAGUGGUAGUCCUGAUGCUGUAGAUGUGCAGAUAGCUUGUGACAUCUUGGCUGAUUGUGUGGAGUUACUGGAACAAAAGGUUAACACUGCUCUCAUACGCCUCAUAGCCCAGACAUUUGCAGCUCCCAUGACCCCUAUUGAGUCUUUGAUGGAGUUAGUGACGUCUGUUGCCGGCACCACGGACCAUAAGACGCUGGACACUCGCAUCAUGGACUUUGAUCUUCACGUAGAUCACAUUUUUCAGGUUGGGGGAUUCGCCACAGCCUGCACUUCUGAUGAAACAAGAGUGCGCCUCAUCCGGGACAGUCUCCUCACACUGGAGUGGUUGGAGGGCUGCCUUGUGCCAUCUAUAGUGUCUGCAUACACUGACCCACACCCUAAUGCUCGUGCUCAUGCCCACAUGCUGGCAAGACACUGGAUGGUAGCUGUUACACAGCUUUGGGACUGUCUAGAUUUUAUCAUGGACCCAGCUGCAUUCGCCUUGGUAACCAAACAGGAAGUGCAUCAGUUGUGGGCAGAGUUAAAGGACUGUCUCUACACCCAAGAUGUGGCCUGGGUUGAGAAGCAGGUGAUGAGGGUAGUGACUUUCACAUCAAGGGUCUUGGCCUUACACGAGAAGAACAGCUUCCUCUUAGACUCGCAGCUUGAAGACUUACAAGUAGCAAUUAAGGAGAUGAAGCGGAGUGUGGAGGCAGUGGUAGCUUCACCCACAGACUUGUCACUUCACCGCAGCAUGAUCAAGAGGGUGCAGCUUACACUCACUCUUCUCUCUCGUAUUGCAAACUCUCUCAAUGAGGAAUAUCUCCAGCCUGAUGAUGAUGUUAAUGAUGAAGAGCAACACCAGAAAAAGGCUGAGAGUAAACUGCCACAUGCCAAGUUAACAAAAACAGAGAGGGAGCAGCUUAUCACAUCAAACAUAAAGGACAUCCCUAUUGAUGUAGCAACACCUGUGCCAGUGUUGCACCACCAGAGAACCAGUAUUAACCCUCAGCAACCCUCAGCAGCACAAGGGAACCAAGAGCAUCUGCAGCAGAAGUCACUAAAAAGGUCCUCCAGAUCCACAUCCAGGCUUGGGGAAGUGCGGGUCAGGGCUGCUAGCUCUAAUAUGUCCGGUCAUCAUUCUCGGUCAAUGCAAGCCAUGGCCAGCGAGACCCUUGGUUGUGAUACUUCUAUUGACAUCACAAAGUUCCUCAGCCAUUCCACCAACACACUGUCAUCUUCAACCCGUGCAUCCAGAAGGAACUUCACUCUCAGGGUGAAGGAGAUAAACCUAGAUAUGGAUGGGGCCUUGGUAAUGAAAGCCAGCGUUCCCUCACAUCAUUCUACUCACUCCAAAAUGGGUUUACCAGAAGGUCAUGCCAGGGCUUUUACAACUGAGAGAAAAGCUGCAGAGGGAUUGGCAGAAGAAGGAGAGAUGUGUGACCAAAAUGCCCCUGGGAUGUGGUGCAGUAGUGGGGAAGAUCAGUAUUAUGACUCAAGACUAAAAGAGGUAUCUGAUCUAAUAGCUCAAGAGAAAACUCUUCACUCAGCCCCACAACAACAAAGCUUUGGUGAAGAACUGACAGGUAUUCUGGAGAAUCUCACAUCAGUGGCAAGCAAUUUCACACCCUUUACAACCCCGACAUCUGGAAAGAAACGAAAAUGUCAGUGGGAAGACUUUGAAAACAAAGAAAACACUGAUGGGUCACUCAGGCUCCGGGGCAUCAGGCUACAGAAUGCAUCUUUCAAUCCACAGUUCCCAGAAAUAACAGCUGGAGAGACAACAGAUGUGUUUGAUGAAAAUCAAUCCGGUGUGGACAACAAGAAUGUCAGUGAAUUUAAAGAUUUGAGUGUUGGAGGCAUUCAAGAUCUUGCAAUUUGGAAAGAUUUUACAGCUAUUUUGGAGAGAAAAACACCUAUCAAGAGUAAAAUAUUUAACUUCAGUAGUAACUUCAGUAGCUGGCAACAUCCACAGACACCAGUUCCCUUUUCUUCUUUGGGGAAAAAUAUUGCAACCUCUGAUUUAGUCAAGGGUGUAAACAAAACUAGGAAUGUGGUGGAUUUGAGUGACACACCAUUUUUUGACCAAACUCCACCUUUACCAUCAACAUCCUUCUCAAAGAUGUGUGAUGUGUCAAACCCUGUCACUUCAUCAUCUGACUGCUCUGUCAGCUCUUCCAGUGCAUCUAUCAGCACUCCUCAGAGAAUGAAGGAUCUCCAGUUUGUCCGUCAGCGACUGACAACACUGAGACGCUCUCUGAAAUAGAUAUAGUACUGUACCUGUACUGUGCUGCAUUUACUUUUUGGUUGGGCAUAAAAUACCAUGGUCGUGACAGUGCAACAAAUUCUGCCGUACUUUUGAGCCGAGUCAAACAGUCUUUAAGAAAAUUAAAAGAAAUACCACCACUUUAUUCUUUCAUGCCAUUGAUUAUGUUCUUUAGAUACUGUUUAUUGUUAACAUAAUGUGUAAUAAUGCCUUUGUCAGACCCAAUAUUGACAGUUGAUAUUAUUUUCAUUCAGCCAAUAGGUUUUAGUGAAGCCAUUUAUCCCCAUGGGAAAAAAAUGAAAAUAGACAUAAAAUGGGAAUAGGCAGCAAAUAUAAAUAUACAGUAUAAAGUGUAGAUGGUAUUGACUGUGUGCCACCCUAAGGCUUCUACAGCACAUCUUUCUGCCUCUCUUGACACCCAACACAGUUUAACACUCAAUUUUCUUCAGAUGUGAUUUCAUACAGUGUAAUGAAUUUAGACAUACAGUAUCUAUAAAACUGUCAUUGCUCUAGGCAGCUUUCAGACAUUUUAAAUGCAAUAUCAUGUACAAAGGAAUAAGAUAGAUAUAUACAUUUGGUAAAUAGAUAUUUAUUCAGUAUAAUUGUCAUGCAAAUUUACAUUGAUUCAGCAGGUGGAAAAGGUGAGAUAGUUGAGUAAUUAUCCAAGACAACUUUUUAGAAAUGUCCAAUAUGUAUUCUUUGUUAUGGUUCAUUCACACACUGAUGGUCAUUGUCACUCCAUUCCUCCAUCAGAUCACCUGAAGAUUAGGUACCCCAGCUUAUUUUACCUGUUGAUUAAACACCCUAAUGCUACCUGGAGGGAUUAGGUUAGGUUAGGGUGUUUAAGCAUAAGGGGAAAUAAGCUGGGGUGCUUAAUUUUCAGGUGGUUCCCAACAUAUUUUCAAGUUGUUUCCAGAACAUAACUCAGAAACUACAGAAAUUAAUUUUACAUUAACCCUUAGGCCCCGGGUGACGUUCCAGAACGUCCGACCGGCGUGCCCCAGAACGUGCGCCUUUUCCCGCCACUGUUUAAAUGCCCAGUGCGGGUUAUCAGGUUCCCGUGUGACUAUUUGCCUGUCACGCCACACCU